GAGAAAUACUCAGGUCAUUUGAUGCUGUUCCAUUGUUAAAAACAAACAAGAUACCGGCAUGUGAUGGCAUUGACUGAGCAGGAGGAAUAUACCUAUAUAUACAGAGACGGCUCUCAUCCUGUGGAGUUCUUGGAUGCAUUCAGAACAUUCUACCUUGAAGGUGUAUUUACUGAUAUCGCCCUUCAGUGUGCAUCAGGCGUGGUUUUCCACUGCCAUAAAGCUGUGCUAGCUGCUUGCAGCAACUAUUUCAAGGCCAUGUUCACCUCUGACAUGAAAGAGAAGUCUAAGAACCAGGUCGCACUUUCUGGGCUCAGUCCCACAAUACUGGAAUCCCUGGUGGUUUACGCUUACACAUCAGAGAUCCAAAUAACAAAGAGAAAUGUCCAAAGCCUUCUCGAAGCAGCGGACCUCCUUCAGUUCGCCUCGGUGAAAAAAGCCUGCGAGCGGUUUCUGAUACGGCACUUGGAUGUCGACAACUGCCUAGGAAUGCACUCCUUUGCAGAACACCACGUCUGCUCAGAGCUGGAGAAGGAAUCUAGAAGGAUAUUGCUAUCGAGAUUUGACGAGGUGUGGGCGCAGGAAGAAUUUUUGGAAAUCAGCAGCGAGAAGCUCCGGUUCAUUCUCUCCAGAAAGAACCUCGGCCUUUGGAAAGAGGAGGCAGCCGUGGAACCCAUUGUUAAGUGGGUAGCCUACGACGUGGAAAAAAGAGCCGAGUGCAUUUACGAUCUGCUGAGCUGCCUCGAAGCAGAUUUAGAUGAAAUGUACCUGAGGUCAGCUUUAAGCUUGCACAAGAAAUGCCGGCUGAAUGAAAACAAGAUCCGGUCUCUAAUACACAACGCGCUGCGCCCCAACCCAAAAGCAGUUCCUACGAGGUCUACGGCUGUUAUGUACGUGAUUGGAGGAUACUACUGGCAUCCUUUAUCUGAGGUGCAUGCAUGGGAUCCAGUCGCCAAUGUCUGGAUCCAGGGAGCUGACAUGCCGGACCACGCGAGGGAAAGUUACGCAGUUGCUAGUCUGGGACCCAACAUUUACGUGACAGGCGGCUAUAGAACAGACAAUAUAGAAUCCCUUGAUGUAAUGUGGAUAUACAACUGCGAAGCCGAUGAAUGGGUUGAAGGCUGCCCAAUGCUUAAUGCAAGGUACUACCACUGCGCGGUUACCUUGAGUGGCUGCAUCUAUGCUUUAGGGGGUUACAGAAAAGGGGCCCCAGCCGAAGAAGCAGAAUUCUAUGACCCUUUAAAAAAGAUAUGGGUCCCUAUUGCAAACAUGAUUAAAGGGGUUGGGAAUGCCACAGCCUGUGUCUUGAAUGAAGUUAUCUAUGUCACUGGAGGUCACUAUGGUUAUCGGGGAAGCUGCACUUACGACAAAGUUCAAAGUUACCACUCUGAUAUUAAUGAAUGGAAUGUCAUCACCACCAGUCCCUAUCCAGAAUAUGGGCUGUGUUCCAUUGCACUGGAGAACAAGCUGUACCUUGUGGGUGGACAAUCGACGGUCACGGAUUGCUAUGACCCCGAGCAGAAUGUGUGGAAACAGAAGGCUGAUAUGAUAGAAAGAAGGAUGGAGUGCGGCGCUGCCGUCGUGAAUGGAUGCAUCUAUGUGACGGGAGGCUAUUCCUCUUCCAAAGGGUCGUAUUUGCAGAACAUUGAGAAAUACGAUCCUGAAUGCGAUACAUGGGAAAUUGUGGGGAAUCUCCCCAGUUCUAUGCGCUCGCAUGGCUGUGUCUGUCUGUACAGUGUGCUAGAGGUUGAAAAUGCCACUUAUGGGACGAGGAACUAAUAAUAUAAGGGAGCCCAAAACUAGAUGAAGGUGACCCACCACCUAAUGAUGGGACUUAGCCUAUGGAAGAAACAUGUUAUUCAGUCACUAUGGAACACUAUUCCGUUUGGCUUUUAUUGACACUAAGCCUAGUGCAUCAACUCCAGUUAAGCUCCAACACUGUUGAUGCAAGGGCUACCGCUUCUUUUGUUACUACUGUUCUCUGCCCUACAAGCAAUGUGAAUGUUUGAUUGCUGCCUGAGCCAGAUCUGAUUAACUGUUGGGGGGUUAGGCCGCAGGCAUAGGAGUUAC